AUGGCCGACCUCAAUGAUGAUGACGUGGAACAGUUGUCCACUACGCAGCAGGAAGCUCUCCAGCAGUACAUCCAGGUCACCAACCAAGAGCCGAAGGAGGCAAUCCCUCUACUGCAAAGACAGGCAUCCUUCCUUGGAAACCCUCAACUCUACCCUCUCGUGCCUGACAUGCCCCUCCAGAUCGCCAUUGCCAAGUUCUUUGACGGCGAGGGCCCCGACCCUGUAGCCGAAGCUAUGGCCGCUCAAAAUGUCCCUCGGACGACAGCAAGACACGAGAACUUGCAGGAAAGCCUCCUGGCCGAAGGCUUCACCCCUCGAUCGCAGCCAAGACAACGAACAGACGCCGCGCCGAGAAUCGUACCUCAGCCGCCGAUAACACAUCGUUCACCAUGGCUUCUGGGCCUUCUUCUCGCCCCAUUUGGCUGGGGAUGGCGCGCAGCCUCGACGCUUUUCAGGACGUUUUGGUACAUUCUGUCCUUCCUGCCGGCGUCGAUCCGACCCCGUUCCGUGACGAGCCGUAUGUCGUCUGGGUUCAAGGACACGAGCGGCCGCCGAAUGCUGAUGCCGCGGGAUACGGCCGCACGAUUCAAGCGCGAAUUCGACGAAGAGUACGGCCAGAACGAUCUCCCCUUCUUCGAGGGCGGGCUGGCCCAGGCGCAUGAUCUAGCCAAGAAGGAGCUCAAGUUUCUUCUGGUUGUUCUCUUGUCCCCGGAGCACGACGACACUGCGUCAUUCAUUCGGGAAACACUCCUCUCACAAGACGUAGUAGACUACAUCAAAGACCCCACAAACAACAUCAUUCUCUGGGGAGGAAACGUGCUAGACUCAGAAGCAUACCAGGUAGCCACCGAAUACACAUGCACCAAAUUCCCCUUCUCGGCACUAGUCUGCCUGACGCCCAGGGAGGGCAGCACCCGCAUGGGCAUCGUCAAGCGGCUCGUCGGCCCCAUGCCGGCAAGCACCUACCUGUCGGAGCUGCAAAACUCGGUUGAAAAGUACGGCUCCGACCUCGACGGCGUUCGAGCGGAGCGCACCGCCCAGGAAGUAUCCAGGAAUCUCCGCAACGAGCAAGACUCGGCGUACGAGCGCUCCCUUGCCAUCGACAGAGAACGCGUCCGCCAGCGAAGAGAGGCAGCCGCGGCCGCAGAAGCCGCCGAGUCAUUGGCGCGGGAAAAGGCACACGAUGCCGCGUUGCUUGAGAGCAAGCGCAACCAAUGGAAGACGUGGCGCGCGGCCAGGCUGCUCCCCGGACCAGCGGCAGGCGAUAAGGACGUGGUGCGUGUCGCCCUCAAGAUGCCCGAAGGGUCAGGGGCGGGUCGCCUUGUCAGGAGGUUCCCGCAGGACGCGUCGGUGGAGGAGCUUUAUGCCUUCGUGGAAUGCUACGAUAGGAUACGGAGCCGUGAGGACGGAGCCGAUGACGACGACUACUCAGAUGACUCUACGGUGGAGGCCCCCGAGGCUUAUGAGCACAAGUAUUUGUUCAGAAUAGCCUCGACGCUGCCGAGGGUGGUGUAUGAAGCUAGCACUACUGCCACGCUGGGGGAAAGGAUUGGCAAAUCGGGCAAUUUGAUAGUCGAGGAGGUGUUGGGCGAUGACGAGGAUGAGAGUGGUGAGAGUGGUGACUGA